GCGUGGGCUCCGUGCUGGAGCGUGGCCGGGAGGUGUCCCGGGAACGCGGGGCGAGCGCGGUGCAACGGUGGGAAAACUGAUGAUCGAACCGCUGUGACUUUGCAGAUAUUUUGGGCAUUGGUCACAUUAAGCCAGGGUGCUUUGGUCUGCUUUAGCCCUUUCGAGGCUUUUCCAUUUCCUCAUUUAUUUGCUGUUUUUCCUCCUUCAGCUUUUCAGGUCCUGUUUUCUCUCUCUCUUUUUUUUUUUUCCUAAUGACCAUUACAUCUCUUUUUUACAACCUAGAGUUCACCCACCUCUCCAGUCAUAUUCUUAAAAGUUGUUUACUUCUCCAACCUGUGGGAGACUAUUUAUCUUUAAUAUUUUUUCACUUUUUUUCAUUUUUCUGUAGUUGUCCAUUAAUAAUCCUGUCCUUCCUGACCGGUCUCAGUUUUUUUCCUUUCUCUUCCCUCUCCUAUCGCAGACAGCCCAUCUUCUCCGUUCCACUUUCAAGCCUCUUACUCUCUCUCCUCCUAGCUUCCAUUCCCAAAUUGUUCUGUUUCUUCAUUCUCCCACUGCAAACUCUCUCCCUCACACCUUAGCAAAGUCUUGGGGAACCUUGAGCAAGAAGUCUUGUUUUUUCACACCUGUGUCAUUUUGCAGGUUCCACAUUCCAAGAACUGACGUGAGUUAUAUCCAGAAAUUUUCCAAAAAACAAUGGCCAGACUGCUGCAAGCUCCACCCAAGUUUCAUCUCUCAGAAUGGGACAUUGCAAACAAGAUGCAGUGUGCCAGCACAGAGUCUCAGAAAUCCAGGUCAGAGCGCAUGAUAGCUGAGAGCCGGAGGCUGCGGGAUGAAAUAGAAAAGACAACUCAGAAAACCCAAAGUGAUGUCAACAAGAAAAUAGAACAGAGACGGGAUGAAAUAAAAUUCUGGAAGCAAGAAUUAGAUAACAAACUUGAACAGAUUGUUCAUGAGACAGAGGUACUGUUGACUUUCAAGACUAGGCUGGAGAAAGCUUUGGAGAGCUGUAAAGAGCCACUUGACGUUGCCCAAAAGUGUCUCCUGAGCAGGCAGAGGCGAGCUGGGAUUGACUUGGUGCAUGAUGAAGUGGAACAGGAACUGGUGAAGGAAGCUGAAGUCCUCCAGGGGGUUAUUGCUUUGCUUGAACGUACAUUGGAACAAACCAAUGAGCAAAUCAGACUAAACCGCUCAGCAAAAUACAACCUGGAAAUGGAUCUGAAGGACAAGUUCACAGCUUUAACGAUUGAUGAUUACUGUGCUAGCUUGACAAACAACACUCCUGAUAUCAGAUAUGCUGAUAAUGCACUGAAAAUAGAAGGAAAUUUUGUUAGCCCUGAAGACUGGAUAGAUUUUUCAAACAUGAACGUUGAAAAGGCUGAAAAGCAGAGAAACAAUUCUUUGGCGCUGAGGGCACUGAUUGAUGGCAUCCUCUCACAGACGGCGAGUGACAUGCGCAAGCAACGCGAGACGGUGAAUGUUGUGUUUAGAAAUAGGGUGAAGGAAGUCAAGGAUGCCAAGAACAAGCUGGAGACACUCCUUGCGAUGGUGAUGGAUGAGACUGCCUCACAGGAGAAGAACAUUGCAGCCUUAAAGAAAGCAAUUGCUGAUAAAGAAGGACCCGUUAAAGUGGCUCAAACACGCUUGGAAGCAAGAAACCAUCGCCCCAAUGUGGAAUUGUGUUAUGACACAGUGCAAUACAGGCUGACUAGUGAAGUUCAAGAGAUUACAAAAAAUAUUCAGAGAUUAAAGGACACGCUGGCACAGGCUGAGACAGAGCUGAAAGCUCUGAGCCGUCGACAGCUUUCCUUGGAGGAGGAGAUCCAGGUGAAGGAGAAUACAUUGUACAUUGAUGAAGUGCUCUGCAUGCAGAUGAGAGAGUCUGUUUCCAUUAACAACUUCUGAAGCUAUCGUACUGGGAGACUGUGUGUGCUCCAAAGAGCCAGCUCCUGCUGAAAUUUUAUUGACAAACCUCCAGAUUUAUUGGUUUGGCUCAAUGCUGUCCUGGUUCUAGUUGUGCAAGGUAAUUAAAACAGACCUAGACCUAGUACUUAACAGCUAUCUGUUUCACAGCUGUCUAUGCUCUAGAAUGCCCGAUGAAAUCUCCCACUUGGCAAUAAAACUCCAGAAUAAGAAGAAAUGUCCCUUCUUUCAUGUCAUUUAUCUCAUGUGCAACCAGUGAUAUCUUUUGCCAUUGAAACGUCUAGA